AUGUUUCUGCCUUUUCUGAUUCUUUUAUCCACUGUACCCCUAUGUAUUCAAGCAAUGGACAUGUCGUCCGGAGCUGAGGACGACACUGUGUAUACGAGACCCGACAUUAGAGAUGCAGUUCCAAGGACUUUCCACUGGAUUGCUACCGUUGCCAUGUUAUUUCUGUUACCUUGUUUGACUGCCGCGUUUGCGUUUGCGGGAAGACUGCGCGGGUCCCUUUUCUUACAUGCGAUUUCCGGAGUUUACGCUAUCAUGGAAGUGCUGAUACUAAGUUUUGCUGAUAAUGAUGGUGUCGAGAAUAGAACGUCAAAAGGGACUGGUGUUAGCUUAUUACUACUGAUCUGGUCAAAUCUUUUGAUUGGAAUUGUGGCAAGACGUCAUUUGUUCUCAAAGAUCUCAGACACGUCAACUCCAAUCACAAAUUUUACUCUUUUAACGAAGAUUCACGCUACUAUGUCCUUUCUGAUUCCAAUUGCAGGGUUUAUUAAAGUGUGUCUGGCUCCGGUUUCAAUGUUUGGCUUUUGCCGGGAUUCCCAUACCGGACAAUGCAUUGCGCAUGGUAUCAUGGGGACCAGCUUCAUUUUUUAUGGUUUGAUUUAUUGUAUCGUGCUGGUAAUACCUCGCUUUCGGCAGUCCGAAUCAAGGGUUUCUCAAGAUCACAUCGACAGCUGGAUUAUGUGUUUGUAUGGGAUUGUUAACACAUUCACAGAGCAUAGAUGGGGCAGGGAAGAGUGGUUUAUGCACGAUUACCAACACACUGCAAUGGGGAUUAUAUGGUGGUGUGGAGGAAUUCUUGGGAUAUAUCUGUCCCGAAACGGGCGCAGAACCUUUGUACCAAGUUUGAUCAUCAUGUUUACCGGCUGGGCUAUGACCCAGCACCACCAACACUUAGAAAUCAGCACCAAAGUUCAUCUUCUAUUUGGGUUGAUUCUGACAGUUGGCGGUGCUUUGAGGAUCGUUGAAAUUACAUUUCUAUUAAAGGAUGGAAGAUGUGCAUCUUCCGGAGAGAUUCUUUCCUUCCAAUAUUUAGCGCCGUUCUGUUUGAUUUGUGCUGGAACGUUAUUCAUGUCUGCCAAUGAGCAGCAACUAGUAUUGGUACUACGGCUGGGUGCAGAACAGAGCGCAUAUAUCAUGAUUAUAGUUUCAGGCGCUUUCCUUCUAACAUUUUGGUUCCUGUUUAGUUUGGACUUUUAUCUCCUCCUAGUUAAAAGGAGGCAGUCAUCCGUCGGCUUUUUGGACAAAUAUUUGAAUACAGAGAACGAAGUGCAUGAGCCUACUACAGAACCUGAAUUUGAAAUGGAUUCUCAGUCUGGUUAA